AUGGGAGGUGGCGACCUUAACAUGAAGAAGAGCUGGCAUCCGCUGCUCCUGAAGAAUCAGGAGCGGGUGUGGCUGGAAGAGAAGAAGGCGCUCGAGGAAAAGAAGAAAUUGGACCAGCUUCGCAAAGAAAAAGAGGAAGAACGUCAGCUCCAAGAACUUCAGAGACUCCAAGAAGAACAGACAGGCAAGAAACGUACCGAAAAGUUGGAAUGGAUGUAUGCAACUCCCGCGACUGGAAGUAAUCAAAAUCCAAAUGAUUUAGAGGAUUAUCUCCUGGGAAAGAAACGGGUCGACAAAAUCUUGACCGGAGACGAGAAUGACAAGGUUGGAGCAUCCCAUAAAAACUUCAUUGCCGUUCAAAACGCCAAUACUUCUCGCGACAUUGCUGCCAAAAUUAGAGAAGACCCAUUAUUGGCUAUUAAACAGCAAGAACAGGCUGCGUAUCAAGCACUCUUAUCCAAUCCUCUCCGCCUGGCAAAGAUGCAGAAGGAACUAGGAGUUAAGCCCAAGAAAGACAAAAAGGAAAAGAAGAGGGCAAAAGAGGAACGAAGGCGACUGAGACAUGAACAUAAGCACGGGCGCUCGGGUUCGCGUAGUCCGAGAAGAGUUGACAGAGACAGAUCGCCGCUCUCAGACGAUUACCAUUCCUCGAAACAUACUCGAAGCCCACGUCGCCGUUCACGUUCACGUUCACCCUCAUCUUACCGCCGGCGUGACGAUAACUAUUCUGAAAAACCCCGGAGGUAUAGCCCCGAGGUUGAACGAGGGCGAAGCAGAAGCAGAAGCAGAAGUCCCCGACCUCGUCGAAGAGACGACUCAGAAAAACGCUAUCGCAGCGGUCGAUCGCCGUCUGUCGAGCGUUAUAACUCACGACAAAAUGGCAGGCAUUAUCGCCAGUCAUCGCCAUCUCGAUAUAAUGCUUCUGUCAAGCGAGAUCGUACCCACAGUCCGCGACCCAGGAGUCCGCCUCCUAAACGCAUUCGUUCUGGACGUUCACCCUCUCCUACCAGCAUUCCUCCGCCUCGAGCAUCUAGUAACAAGUUUGACGAAGAUCGGGCAGCUCGGCUUGCUGCUAUGUCCGCUAAUGCCACAGCGAUGUCUGAAGACAGACAAAAACGCCUGGCAGCUCUGCUGGAGAAAGAGAAAGCUGAAUUAGAAGCCGAUGAGCAAGCCAGAGCCAGGUCAAAGGGUAUGUCUGGGUAUUUGAGUCAGGAACAGAAACGAGUGUUCGGUGGGUUGGGAGGACUGGAGGAUAGGAUCAAGAGGGGACGAGGCGGCAUGGUUGUUGAUGCGGACUAA